GAGAGAGACAUACGGACUCACACUGAACAAAAAAAAACAUCAGAAGAAAUCAAAAUGUCUGGAUCGACGGUAAUAAGUCAAGAAAAACAUCAGCAGACGGAAGACGACAGUCGGACGAAAACCAAACGGAAAAGAAAGAGCUCCGCAAAAGUUCAAGACGAACCUGAGAAGAAAGAAACAGAUGACAGGGACGAUUCUAUGGAUGCUGCCGAUCAAUCAUCAGUAUCUGCUGCUCAAAUAAGCGCCGAGCUCCCUAAGAAAGAGAAGAAGAAGAAAAAGAAGAAAGCGGCCGAAAUAAUCGCCAGAGAAGAAGCAGACGAAGAAUGCACUUCAACUAUCAUUCCAAACAAAUCGAAAUGUGAUGAAGAUAAUGAAGAUGAUAAUGAUGAUGAUGGCAGUGACCAAGAAGAUGGACAGGAAGAUUUGAAACUCGAGACUGAAGCCAUUUCACAUAAAGAAAGACGGAAACGAAGGAAGCUAGAGAAGAAGAAAUCGGCCCAAAAGGAUGAAGACGAAGAUGGGGAAACAAAAACAAGGGAGGCGGUGACGAGUUCACGAAAGGUGGAAUCGAUCUUCACGACGGCCACAAGAUCCAAGCACGGGGUAUGGGUGGGCAACCUACUAUUCACGACGACCGCCCAGGAGCUAGCGCGGUUCUUCGAGCCAGCAGGGAAGGUGACCCGGCUAAACAUGCCGGCAGGCAAGCGGGCGCACGAGGCGAAUAGCGGGUUUGCGUAUGUGGACUUCGACAGCGCCGAGGCCGUCGACGCGGCCCUCGAGAAGUCCGAGUGUCUGCUCGGAGGCCGCAAGCUGCUCAUCAAACGCUCCUCCGAUUACUCCGGGCGUCCCUCCGCUAUCCCCGCCUCAUCAACUACUCCCUCCUCCAAUUCAACUACCCCUUCCGCUUCCAUCCCUCCCCCCACUGUCAGUAAAUCUGUUCGCAAGAUCCUCGAUCGCCAGAAACAACCUCCCGCCCCCUGUAUUUACUUCGGCAACUUGGGCUUCGAAACAACCAGUGAAGGUAUUGUGUCGAUGUUACAUGCUCAUCACCAAGCUCAACAAGUAUGGAAGCCUAAGAAAAACACAAUCAAGAUGAAUGGGAAAGACCAGGAGGAGGAGCAAGAAGACGACGAGGAGGAGGAGGAUGAGGAGGAGGAUGAGGGAAGAGGGAGGGCCAAACCAGAUACUCGUUCGGCGCAGGUUGGGAUCCGCAAAGUCCGAAUGGGCACGUUUGAAGAUACUGGAAAAUGUAAAGGGUUUGCGUUUGUGGAUUUCGAGACGAUCGACCAAGCGACGAAUGUGCUAGUGAAUCUGAAGAACCACCGCUUGGACGGCCGGAGCCUGACGGUUGAAUAUGCAUCCGUGGAGGCCGUCAAGCGGGGCGGCGGCUCGGUGCGGUCGAUGCAUCAGCAGCAGCAGUCUAAGCGGGGAUACCUCGGUUCGGCAAGGCCGCCUGGCCGACCGGACCGGUUCCAACGCGACGAAGCCCCACAUCUGGCCAGAAGGCCGCCGCCGUCCAUCGAGCCCCGGCCCCGCACCCAUCCUAAUAAUCCCUCAUCCACCCGCUCCCAUCAGCCCACCGCUCCCUUUGCACCACCGCCAAUCAUCGCUCCUCCACCAGCCGCCGAAGAGCCCGUCAGGAAAGCCAAGAAAGAGUUCAAGGGAAGACAGAAACCCGGCGCUGCCCUGGCUAACGCUCAACGUGCCCCAACCGGGAUCGUCAAAAAUCCUGAAACCGUCGGCAAGAAAAUCGUCUUCAGUUGAUUCUCCCGACGUCCAUCCAUCUAACAGAAUAGCAUUUCGUUUUUUUUUUCUAUCUAUCUAUUUGUAAUAAUUCUACUCGUUUCUCAUAAUUGGUAAUGACAUU